AUGUCUUCUUUUACGACCGUCGCGUGCCUUCUAAUUGUUAUAACUGGCACAUUCGCAGUGCCAAUCUUGCUAGAUUUAAAUUCAGAACUACCAGUGAAAAGUGCGUACAACCCAGAUAAAUCUGUCCAUAGUUUUGAAGAUCCUGAAAAUGGCAAUGCAGAUCUAGUGAAAAGUUUAAUUAGUGAAAGUUUGAUUGCUCCUUAUAUGGAAGUAAAGGAUUCUCGUAUUCUGAGAAGAACUGUAAGACAUCUUAUUCAGGAACCAAACUGCGCCAAGGAUAUGAAAUGGUGCGAAGGUCAAUGCAGGGAUUAUGAAAGUUGCAAGAAAAUCCAAGAAGAUGAUGAAGAAUAA